AUGCCCCCAUAUAGUCACCUCUCCAUGCGAGCAUCGUGUGAUCGCUGCCGGUUCCACAAGCUCAAGUGCGUUGUCAACUCCGGAGAAAGUCCCAGCAGAAAUGAGUGUGCACGAUGCAUCCGGGCCAAGGUCGAGUGCGUGUACAGCAAGAGGGCGCCGGCAAAACGCCAGAAGACCGUAGUGUCUGAGGAGACCUCUCAGACUUUGAGCCAUGAAGAUAUUGGCCCUCCCACGCCGUUGACUGACCCUCCUAGUGCUGGAGAGGAAGGCUUUGGCGAUGUCGCUUCGUCACGUACGAGCCCUUCAGAGAUCCGGGCCAUGUGCAGCACCCCGCCUCACCAAGAAAGGGAUGCCCACUCAUUAUCUACCUUCGACAGCCCCGCACUGGAUCAGCCAGUCGUGCCAGCAUUGAGCACCGGCGGGCAGGUUGUCUCCGUGCCGUUAGACACAGCACUACACCAAUUCUUGUUCAGCUCGCAUACACCACAGUCUGUCCUACAGCAGGUCGGCCAAGAUCUCGGGUUUGGCUUAUCGACCACCCUCCCACCGUCCAUGCGCGAGAGUCAACAGCCACAGGCCCACAGUAACCUCAACAACCCCCACCCCACCACAUUCACUCAAAUCUCGAACCUUGUGGCCGAUAUCCAUAAGACACUGGCCUUACUCACGGAUAACUGCCGCGGUAGCAAGUGUCCCAGGUUCAACUUCCGCGAGUACCCUAUCGGUACCGUUCUGCACCUAGCCCAGGACCUCAUCGACAUCGUCUCCAAGUUUAAACCCGCCCGUGAGGCACCCACAAUACCAUGGGAACCCAUUGCGUCAGAUAUAUCCACCUCCCACACAACAUUGGCACAUUACACGACAGCGGCGUCGACUGGUAGCGACUCGCCCAUCUCGUCCUUGCUCAAUCAGGACUUCUACCCGGACCUUAUAUCUCCUAACCCGCCGGUCUCAUCCACACCCCGCGGCCUUUACAAUGCCAUGGAUACCCCAACCAAGCUCCUGGCUAUGGGCUGCUACUUCUCCCUACGGCGGCUCUAUUACGUAGUGUUCACGCAUUUUGAAGGCUAUUUAAGCACGCUGCGGCAAGCGCCGUCCUCUCGUGGACUACUGGCGCAUAAUUUAGCCAAGGGGAGGAGGCUUCAGAUCGGCGAACUGCUCUCCACGGAUGAGAUGUGUAGCAGUAUCAAGAAGGCGGUCAGGCUAAUGUUGGAAGUACUGCAGUCUGUAGACGACGUUCUCAGCCUCCUUGGUGCUGUGGGCACUUCUCGAGGCUGCCGCGAAGCGGAUUCAUGUGGAUUUCCGAGGAUACCUGUGGCGAAGGCGCAGGAUGAGACACUAUUGGUGUAUGGGGACCUUGUGGGAGCUUUUGCGGACCAGGCUAUUAUGGGAAUUAACAGCUCUGUACACAGUGAAUUGGAUGGGCUGGGAAGCAAAGUACAGUCUCUUGAGAGGAUGUUGAAGGAGAGAAUGUGA